AUGGCCGCUAGGUUUCUUAGUUUGAGACGCGCUUUGUCUCUGUACCUCACCAACCAACAACCUCGUGUUUCUCUGUUUCAAGGUAAGCUUGCGAAAUCAAAGUCAAUCUUGAGUACAGACUAUGCAUAUGGAGGAUUGUUACAGAGGCACUUUAGCAAAGCUGCAGUAACCAAUGGCUGCUGCAACUCUUCACUCUCUGCAGCUGAACUUACCAAAGCUCCCUCCACCUCUCCUGCCACUUCCUCCGAGGAACUGAUUGUGAAGUACAAGUCCCAGUUGAAAAUAAACCCAAGGCAUAACUUCAUGAUGGUCUUUACCUGCAAGGUCUGUGAGACGAGAUCAAUGAAAAUGGCGAGCAAGGAAUCAUACGAGAAGGGAGUUGUGGUAGUGCGAUGUGAAGGGUGUGAUAAUCUGCAUUUGAUUGCAGACCGUCGUGGCUGGUUUGGAGAACCGGGUAGCGUGGAGGAGUUUCUUGCUGCUCAAGGUGAAGAGUUCAAGAAAGGAUCAAUGGAUUCUCUUAGCCUCACAGUUGAAGAUUUGGCUGGAGAAAAGAUCUCUAGUGAAUAG